AUGCCACCGGGAUCACCGAGACGCGGUACGGGCACCCUGGAUGACUUCCUAAGCACCCCGGCCGGGCUCCGGGGCACGGCGCCCUCUGACAAUAUGGCGGCUGUCUCCCCCAGUGCAACUAGCGGGGGGGACUCCGUGCCCGACUUCAGCUCCGACGAUGCCCUCCAUGCCAUCAGGGCUGAGCUCUCGAGGAUAGGGAGCUGCAUGCUCACCAAAGCAGACACGGGGGCCCUGGUCCGGGAGAUAAGGGAGGCGGUCCGGGAGGAUCUGCAGGGCCUCCGCACAGACCUCAUGGCCCUCACGGAGCCACAUGAGACACUAUGCUUCGGACUGGAGCGGAGGACUGUGCCCUAG